AUGCCCAUAGAACUCCACCGCAACUACGACAAAGCCUGGGAAAACCACAACAGCAAAAUGGCCGCCCAAGAAGCCGAGCGCCGCCGCCGCCCCACCCCCGAAGAAAAAGCCAACUUUUGGCAACCCGGCGACUUCUACAAGCACAACCGCCUGCUCGAGCGCGUCUCCGCCCUCGUCAACCAGGCCAAGAACGCGCGCAACGAGGCCGCCCGCGCCGCUGCCGACGCGUACCUUGACCGCGUGUACGGCGGUAGCGGCGGCGGUAGCGAGGAAAGCUGUCCGACGAGGCCCUCGAGGCCCUACGCGCCUCCCUCACCGAGGACUUUUGCGUCUGGAGCUCGUGCGUCGCCGGCCUGGCCCGCCGGCACGAUCGCUACCGCAUGUCUCAGCGGAGCCGGCCUAGCUCCCUACCCCGGAGUGGGAGAAGAUGUCGUGGCUGCUCCGCAACUCCUCGCCAUCCAACUUAGUCAUGACCUCAACACCAUCCGUAAAUACCUCAAAUUCGCCGAAGCCCAGGAACAAGCCGGCGUCGGACCCGAAUUCAUGACCAAGCUCACCAAGACGAUGCGCCUCAGCGACCUCGCCUUUGGUUGGGACAUUUUCCGGGAUGAUUUCACGGCAGAGACGGUCCAAAAGUGGCUCGACGACCUCCAGGACCCCAAGAAGCUAGAGGAGGCGGACGAGGAGGAUCGCAAGUUCAUACAGGGCAUCGACAAAUCCACCAUGGACACCAUCAAGGAGCUUUUCGAUACGGAUGAAAAAUGCCAAACCAUGUGGGACAUGUAUGCGGAUGUCGAGUGGUCCAACGACUACAAGCAUCUGAAGGAAGAGGAAAAGGCCAUCGCAGCAUUGGCCGAGGAUAAGAAGAAACUGGAAGCGCUGUCAGAGCUCUUUCUUGAACAAUGCGGACAACAGCAUUCCAACCUCGUAACUAUGGGAGAACGGCAGAAACUUGCAAAUACAGCAGGCAGAGCGUCACUCUUCAUGGAUCUGGACAAACCCCUGCCAGCCGCAAAGGUUGCUUAA